GGAAGGGGAAUGCAUUCAGCAGAGAGUCCAGCUGAGCCGUGGCGUGGGGAAGGCAGGGUAGUGCCCAGCUGAACGCAGAGGCUGACCCAGGCAGCAGCAAGAAUUGCUCUGUGUUGCCGCAGACCAGCACUGCAAUAAUGGGAGUGGAAAUUGAGACAAUCUCCCCCGGAGACGGACGGACAUUUCCAAAGAAGGGUCAGACGUGUGUGGUACACUACACAGGGAUGCUACAGAAUGGAAAGAAGUUUGAUUCCUCCAGAGACCGAAACAAGCCUUUCAGGUUCAAGAUCGGCAGACAAGAAGUCAUUAAAGGAUUUGAGGAAGGAGCUGCACAGAUGAGCUUAGGACAAAGAGCAAAGCUGACCUGUACGCCUGACAUGGCGUAUGGAGCCACAGGCCAUCCUGGAGUCAUCCCUCCCAAUGCUACCCUCAUCUUCGAUGUGGAGCUGCUCAGGUUAGAGUAAAGCCUUUCAUGGGAGCUGGGUGAAGAAAUCUGCUGAUAAUCAUCCAUUCUUUUCCCCUUCCCUAUGGUAAGAGGAGGCUGCACUGGAAUCGCAAUCUUCCCUGCUUGAGCUGUCAUGCCAAUAGCGCCUGCCCUUAGGUUGUUUAUUCCUUUUCUUCUUUUUUAAAGUUGUUGUGUCCGUAUUUGUCUUCUAUUAGAAGCUUCUUUGCUCUGAGAAAAAUUUCCACCGUUGUAACAUUUUUGAGUUGUACAUUUCAUUUAAUUUGCAUGUGAUUAAAAUUCACAAUGA